UUUGGUCAAAUCAAAACCUAACGAUUACUCGAGUAAUCUCUAAAAUGGCAUCACUACCAACAUUAGAUAUUUUCUAACAGUGUGGUAACCCUACAGCUCAUAUGGUCAGUCGAUAACAUGUGAAACAGGAAAAAAAAAUAAAGUAUUGAAUGAAAUUGAAUUAAAAAUACUACGGUCUCGCGUAUAAUUGUUUUCCUUGAAAAUAACCCCCCUCUGGAAAACAUCAAUUCAUCCUAAAACCUCAUCAAAAUGGAGAAGACUAAAAUACAAAAUUUACCACCCAACAUCGAUGAUAUUAACCCUACGGAGAGUAUACGUUUUGUGCAGUCCCUAAAUAAUAUACCACUAGACCCAUCAGAUGCGGAACAUGUAGUUAAACAUAUCAGAUCUAUUAUUGAAAAGGAGCUUCGACUCGACCGAGAUGAAGCUGAAGGGUGCUGUACAAACUACAAUCAAAUUACUGUGAAUGUUUGUUUCCGCCUGUAUUUCACAUUCAUACAGAAAUAUGAUAUUAAAGAUAAUUAUUUCCAUGCUUAUGUCCAGGGAACAACAUUGGAGUGGAGGAAAGAGAACUUUGUCAUUUUAUAUUAUAUCUUGCUGACUUGUCAACAGACUACGCAUAUGCACCCCCAAGACAUUAAACAAAUCUGUCUUAUGGCCUUUGCCAAUGCUGUAGAUUAUAAUCAUACUCACUUAUUGGACGUUUUAAAGUGUCUCAAUUUGAUUUUUAAGAAAUGGCCAGAUAUGGAUGUGACUAAUGAGGACUUGUCUCUGGAUCAUAUUUAUUUCUGUCUACAAUCCAAUCAACUGGGCAUGAGAGAUGAAAUGUUAACAUUUUUACAACGGGUGUGUUUGUGCCGCAACAGAGCUUUGGAUUAUUUUAUACGAAUUGUAAACUUUUGGCCCUGGACAUAUCGAACCAAGCUUUACAUGCUGGCCGCAAUAUUGAAUAAGAACUCCCUGGAGGAGCUGAUAGCUAAGAGCGGUUGCAACAGAGCUGAAUUCUUUAAGGGAAUUCGAUCGACAUUGUGUUACAAAAACUUACUGCCCGCUAGUCAGCAUUUAAUUAAAGCCUUAAGUGGACAAAGAUCUAAAGAUCUCCUAAUGAUGUGCAGUGAUAUCUUGCAAAAUGGUUCUAUGCAGGAAAUCAGAAAUCUUCACCUUCAAUGGUUUACACGUAUAGAACAAAGAGAAGAGCUAUUCAAAAUGAUUUGGAAAGACAUAGCAGCAAAAGAUAUUUGUGAUGAUAGCACAAAGAAUUAUCGUUAUGUCCUCUUGCAUACCAUUUUUGCCAAAGAAAUUCUACAAACAUCCAGUGAAUAUUUUACAAAACUGGGCGAUGAAUAUUUGAAUAACUACCCCCAUUAUGAUUUGGAAUCACAGUUGGUCAUACAUAAAUUUGUGGUGGAGAAUUUAAAUAAUUUAAAAAUUGAAAAUUGUUUAAGGUUCUUUGUGGAUUUUGCAAGAUCUCAUAUGAAGGUGGAAAAUGCACAAUUUCGUAAUACAAUUUUGGCCAAAAUGGCCAUCAUUAUAAAUCACAUUGCAAAGUUAUAUAGCAGAAAUAAUGCGGAGAAUGAUUUGGAGUCUAGUGUGGUAGAAUUCUUUCAAAAUUUACAAAAUGAUGUAGAAUUUGGUAUUUCCCAGGAGGCAUAUCAACCAAAAAUCUAUGGCCUAAAACUCUUGGAAAUCUUAGUGCGAUCUUUGUAUGGAGAAACAGUUACCAGAAACACCAAAAAUUGCUGUCUAAAACAUAAUCAAAUUCUGGCUGAAUUCUUGAAACAAAACGGCGUAUUUGAUGCUGACAAAAUUUGCCACAACCUAUUUCAGCUUCUAAAUGAUCCAUGUGGAUUUGAUGAUGCUUUGGAUUUGAUUGUAAAACUCAUAGGAAUAAUAAGAAGCAAAAAUGAAAACAUUGCCCUGCAGGCUGUAGAAAGAGCUAUGGAAUGUUGUAAUGUCAACGAUGUGGAUGAAGCAAAUUUAAGUUUUCUCUAUGCCAGGGUUGCGGUACAGAAUUCGGAAGACAAUGAUCUUAUAGCGAAUAUAUUUAAACACAUAUUGGGUGGCAUUAAAAAAAGAUUGCCGGUGUUCAAAGAGGAUCCCCUGUUUGUAUGUAAAACCAAAGGAUGGCAUUUGUAUAGUUCAAUUAAUGUCCUAAAUGAGUUUGCACAAAACAAAUCCAUUUUAUUUUUGGAUAAUUUUGUGGACCUACUGGAUACAAUAGAAAAUAUUGAACUGAUGAUAUUAAAUAUGCUAAAUAUUUGCAACAAUAAAUCGGAGACAGAAGAAUUGUCUGCUGCAUCAUUUGAGGACAUGGAUAAAAGUUUGGAAAUACUAGUGGCACAAAGUAAAUUCAUUUGUGAAAACCAUGAACAAUUACGUAAAUAUUUGCUCAUGUCAUUUUGGCUGACACUUAAAUCCUGUUGUGAUUUAGCUGCAUCCAUGGCGGAAAUUGUGGUACCAUCUCAAAGUUAUGAAGGCAAAUUAGACUUCCUGCAAAGAUGCAUCAACAUUAGUGUCAUUGUUUUAACAAAGUGUCGCCAUAAAGGUGCCAUAGAAGCUGCUGGCGUUACUAUUGGUAAAAUAACAAAAUGCGUAACAUCACAGCUACCCGAAAAGAGUCCAGAAUAUGAAUUAUUUCACACAUAUUUGCAAAAGCUCUAUGAUUGUGGUGGCAAGAGGGAGGUCAGCACAACACGCAGAGGAGCAGGGUUUUCAAUUAUGUUUCUGCAUAUUGUUAAAAAUGAAGAUAAUCGUGGCAGGCCCAUAUUAAGAAAAGUUAUGCAAAAUCUUCUAAUGGCAACCAAAAAUGAUAACACUGCCUUGGAUUCGUCUUUCAAUUGUGAUCGCAUAGAAGCUCUACAUUUACACUUUCUCUGCGUUUUAGUACGAGACACCGAACUCAGAGAGGCAAUGUCGAAAUAUUACAAUGACAUUAUGAUGACUGCAGUCACCCAUAUCGAUAAUCCCGAGUGGACGGUUCGCAAUGCUGCCCUACAACUGUUGGGGGCUUUGGUACCAAAAAUCGUUGGCCAACGUCAGGCAACGGAAUUUGAAGAAGCGCUACUCUGGGAACCUUCGGAGGUGACAUUUUGUGAAAUAACACGGAAAUUUAAUUUAUCCUAUGAAUACAUUCUAAAUUAUUGUCUUGCCGAGAAAACUGCCACCGGAUCGAUAAUUUUAUUUUUAGAAUUUCUCCACAAAGUGGAAUACAUUCACAAACAAGAAACCACAGCGCCAAAGAAGGUGGAAGAAUUUCGUGAGCUUAUGUGGUCUUUGCUAAGGCAUCCAUGUGAAAAAGUGCGCAAAUUGUCGGCCAAAUGUUUUGUACGCUCCCAUGAAUUUAGUCAUGAACUACCCAGCGCCUUGUUACAAAUUGCCUCGAUAUUGUUCCGAGUCGAGAAUGAAAACUUUUUUGAAGGUCUGAUACAGACUAUACAUCAGGGUGUUUUGAAACUACAACAUGAUUUGAAAUAUGUUGUUCCAGAAGAGGAACUGAGAAAAUUAAUUGAUAAAAUUAGGACAAGCCUAAAAAAAAACUUUAGACUUAAGCUUAAUUACAAAUAUUAUAGCUUAUGUAAGCUAUGGGAUCUGGUAGAAUUGCUAAAUCAAAAUGCAGAUCUGAAUUCGGCAGAGUCUGUCAUAUUAAAUGAAUUGAAGAAAUUUCCUUUGAAUGACAAAAGAAAUUGUACAAUAGCAUAUGAUCUAUGGCUGCAACGCGUACAACCUGUAAAUAAUGCAUAAUUAUAGAAAUAGUUUUAACGCACAAUAUUUAUUUUUAGUAUUAAGAGAAAAUACUUCAAUUUUACAACUUGAUAUAAAAUAAAAAAACGGAAAUGCUUUUUCUAAAAUAACUGAGUUUUACUUGCAAAGCUGUAAAAUUAAGAUAAGACUUAUUAUUACAAUAGGAACUGGGCCAAACCGCCUGAUUUAUGCAAACAUAUAUAUGCAUUACGAACUUUUGUGGAUAAGACAAAACUGCACCUGUUCGUUUACACAGUUGUGUGACUAUUUCCAAAUUUAGUCAAAGGGUUGCUGAUCAAGAAAACAGCUAUAAAAAAAUUGAUUUGGGCAUGUUCGUUUGUUUAAAUAACGAUAUAACGCAAUAUUAAAGAUAGAACUUCGAACUUUUAUGUACCAAUAU